AUAUCAUGGGGAUUUCACUCACAUUAUCAUCACUCCUGCAACAGAAGCGGACUCAUCUGCACAAAUUACCUCAGACUCAUAUUCCUGGGAUUGUGUAUACAGAGCACUCAGAUGCAGCCACAUCUGGGGUGGGGCAGCCGGGGGACAGUUCACCUGGCACUGGGAUGCAGUUGCUGCUGGGGAACAGCCACACAUAUUGCUGCACGGGGACAGCUCACCAAGACCUGGUAUGCAGCUACCUCUGGGGUGGGGCAGCUGGGGAACAACCUCACAUAACGGCACACGAGGCCGGCUCGCCUGGCCCUGGGAUGCAGCUGCCUCGGGGGCGUGGUCCCACAAAUGCAACUGUUGUUUGUCAGCACUCUGAAGACACUUAGCGGCUGCCAAAAGAACAGCUGGGACUCCCCCCGAACAGGUUACCCAGGGAACCGUGUCACUGGAGGGUUUUAAGCCCAGGCUGGACACACCCUGUCAGGGCCGCUCAGGGGUCCCUCGGCUCUGACUUGGCACUGGGUACUGGCCCUGAGGCCCCCUUGAGGUCCCCUCCAGCCCCACGUCUAGGAAACCUCCACGCACGACAUGGCCCAAAGGGUGGAGCCUCCCCGGGAGCUCGGUGGCCUGGCUGCCAUCACACCACGUUGCCAGCAAGCUUGAGGCAGCGGCCGGACAGUUCCUCCGGUAGCUCAGCCAUGGCACCAGCUCGUCCCCAGCCCGCUGCUGGGCAGGGCAUUUCUGCCAGGCUGACCCAGAGGUUCCAGAGUCAAAUCUGCCCCCGCCCCAGCCUAGAGCCAGAGGCCACCAGCUCCCCUUGCAUGGGCCUCUCCCGCUUCCUCUCCCUCCCCUGGCUGGGUGCCAGGCCCAGCCACUUCUUGGCCAGGCAGGCAGCCAGAGCUGUGGAGCAGCCGGGGGUGCUAGGAGCCCAGGUUGCUGUGACGGCUCCUGUCCACACUGCGCAGGCUGGGAAUAGGCACCCGCUGCCCUGAUGGAGGAAGGGCCCUCUGGAGUCAUCCUGCUUACGCAGAUCAUACCCCAGCCCCAUUCAUCAGACUCCUCUGCCCUACUGCGGCCCCUGCAGAAGUUCUACCAGGGGGAGCCGCUGGCUCUGGGUAUCACACAGAUAUUCACGGGCAUUGUGCUGGUAGCUUUCGGCAUCAUCCUGACCCUGGCGAAUGAGCACCAUCUAAUAGUGAUACAAAUGGGGACUCCCUUUUGGACUGGGAUCCUGUACAUCAUUUCGGGGAUCAUUUGCGUGGAAGCUGCCAAGAACCCCAAGAUCUCACUGAUGCGGGCCCUGCUGGGUAUGAAUAUCCUCAGCGCCAUAGUGACCGGAGGGGGCAUCAUCUUCUAUUCGCUCUCCUUUGCCUUCUACUACCCGUACACAAACUGCCAGUGGAUCAAGUCGUCCCAGUCCUGCACGCCGAUCUCCCAUGUGCCCACGAUUGAGACUCUUUCCAGACUGCGCCACACUGAAUCCUCCUUCACUGAGAAGCUGCAGGGUUCUGUUAUGGCCACCACCAUGACAGCCAGCUCAGCCGGCCCCAUCACCAUCAUCAACAAGUUCAUCACCCAGCCCCACACGGCCAGUGCUGCCAACCCAGCUAAACUGCAGCCCCUGGAGAAGUUCUACAAGGGGGAGCCACUGGCCCUGGGGAUUACCCAGAUCGUAGUUGGAGCUGUGCAGCUUGCUGUCGGGGUGAUGAUGGCUAUGGUCAGCUCCUAUUUCUGGAUAUUGGCAUUGAGUGUGCACGUCCCAAUAUGGAGCGGGUUGCUGUACAUCAUCUCGGGGGCCCUCUCAGUGGCGGCUGCAAAGAAUCCCAAGAUACCACUGGUGAAAGGCAGCCUGGGAAUGAACAUCAUCAGUUCAGUGUUGGCUGGAUGUGCCAUGAUCCUGUACCUGAUCAGCUUGAUAGAAUCCAGGUAUCAGAGCAUCUGUGUCUGGUAUCCAGAGAAGUGCAUCACUGAUAAGGUAACCACGGCCUGCAUCGCGGUUCUGCUCCUGUUCACCUUCCUGGAAUUCUUUGUCUCCAUCUCCACUGUGGCCUUUGGGUGCAAAACCAUUUGCCGGAACAGCUACAGCGAAGUGUCUGUGGUCAUUUACCAGAACGUGGUAGCUCCAGAUGAUCCAACUACUGCCACCAACACCCACACUGAUGCUGUUGCCUGCACUCCUCCCCCUUACAAGGACCUCGCCACCCCAUGAGCUGUUCCCUAGGGCAGCCACUGCCUGGAUCACCAGCUCCCUACAUACUGUGCCCACCUGUGCCUUGCUGGAGACCAAAGCAGCAGAGUGGGAAGUGGUCAUAGCUCCUCACUCCUGACACUGAACCUGCUGACCCCCAUGCACUUAUCACACUGCCGAUGGCGAGAGACAUGUCCCUAAAGAUGCCUGACCCACAGCAUCACACAAUCUAUCUGCCGGUCUCCUGGCCCUUUCCGUCCUACCCCUGUGGAUGGGAUUUCAGCCCCAGGUCCCACACUCUAUAACAUGUCCAGGCUGCCUCCAAUAAAACCUUUUUCUCUAAUCAUCC